GUACUUCCUUUCCAUCUCCCCGUUUGAAGAGCGGGGAGGUGGGAGGCCGGAGGCGGCUGCGGCGUCCCCCGCCGGCCUGUGGUCCAGCGCGGGCGCCAAGCCGGGCCGGGGAUGGACAGGGAGACGCGCGCGUUCGCCGAGAGCCACUUCCGACGCCUCCGCGGACGGCCCGCGGGCGGGGCGGGCGGGGCGGGCGCGACGCCGGGCCGCGUGGACUUCAUCGAGAGCCCGGACUCCUUUUCCUACGCCGACUUCUUCAAGGGCUACCUGCUGCCCAACGUGCCGUGCGUUUUCUCCAGCUCCUUCACCGAGGGCUGGGGCAGCCGCAGGCGCUGGGUGACGCCAGACGGGAAGCCGGCCUUCGAGCACCUGCUGCGGAACUACGGAGACGUGGUCGUCCCUGUGGCCAACUGCGGGGUCCAGGAGUACAAUUCCAACCCCAAGGAGCACAUGCUCCUCCGAGACUACAUCAGCUACUGGGAAGACUACAUCCAGGGGGGCUACUCCUCGCCGCGCGGCUGCCUCUACCUCAAGGACUGGCACCUGUGCAGGGACGCCUCGGCCGAGGACGUGUUCACCCUGCCCGUGUACUUCUCAUCCGACUGGCUCAAUGAGUACUGGGACGCCCUGGAUGUGGACGACUACCGCUUUAUCUACAUGGGGCCUGCUGGCACCUGGUCACCGUUCCACGCUGACAUCUUCCGCUCCUUUAGCUGGUCUGUCAACAUCUGUGGGAGGAAAAAGUGGUUCUUCUUCCCUCCGGGGCAAGAAGAAGCCCUUCGGGAUUGCCACGGUGGCCUGCCCUACGACGUGACCUCACCCGCGCUGCUCGACAGCCGCCUGUACCCCACGCGCAAGCACUGCAGCCCACCCCUGGAGCUCACGCAGGAGGCGGGCGAGAUGGUCUUCGUGCCCAGCGGGUGGCACCACCAAGUCCACAACCUGGAGGACACCAUCUCCAUCAAUCACAACUGGGUCAACGGCUGUAACCUGGCCAAUAUGUGGCACUUCCUGCAGCAAGAGCUCCGGGCCGUGCAGCAGGAGGUCAGCCAGUGGAGGGACACUAUGCCUGACUGGGACCAUCACUGCCAGGUCAUCAUGAGGUCCUGCUCCGGGAUCAAUUUUGAAGAGUUUUACCACUUUCUCAAGAUCAUCGCUGAAAGGAGGCUGCUGCUUCUGGCGAAAGAGAUGGGCCCUGGUGACAUGGAGGGUAGUGCGGGCAGCGGGCUGGGCCCCCAGCAGGCUGCUUUUGAUGUCAGCCGGAUCGCAGAGGUGCUGGCCUCCGUGGUGGCCCACCCCGACUUCCAGAGAGUGGACGCUAGCGUGUUCUCGCUGCAGCCGGCGGAGCUCCUCCAGCAGCUGGAGGAGGUCGUGGCCGCCACUGCCUCUCUUUAGGGCAUGAAGCUUGCAUCAGGCGGGGCCCCGAGGCACCGGCAUGGAAGGCAGGCAGUCUCUUCCGCAGCGCCUUCCAGAAAUAAAGCUCUGUGCUGCUGUGUGGCAUGGGACAGGUCACCUUCCCACGGAGCCUUGUGGCCUCAGGUGUCCCAGGUGCGGCUCCUGCUCUUGUGGGUGUGGUACUGUCCUGGCUGUCUGCUGGCAUCCCUGGGACCCUGCCUAUGUAGAGGGUUUGGGCUCCUUGUCUUCACGAGGCUUAGCCAGGGCUGAGUGCUCUGCAUCCAGUGGGGGGGUGGGUGGGGAGGCCCUGCUAAGUGAGCUCUGCAGCCAGAAGGCCCGGAGUGUGCUGGGGACUCGGGUGUGGGGGCAGCAUGUGGUUGGGAUUCCUGGUGCCCCCAGCCUUCCCUCAGCAAGGACUAGCAUCCCAGCCCAUAGGCCUCCCAUCCACAGCAGUGUGAGGCAGCUGGCUUGUCCUGCAGGGUCCCCUCUGCAGCAGGACCACACCCCUGCUCGUCUCCAUCUUGCCCUGGAGCAAGCCCCUCCAUGUGGGCUGGACGUUCUGGGGCCCAGGACCUCUGUGUCUAUCCCAUAGGAGAACCACCACUUAACAUAGAGCCUGCCGUCCCUCUACUGGCCUGUGCCUCCCCUGAACCCCCAUCCGGAGCCAAAGAUGUCUGUACGGUCCGGGCACCAGGCCAGGCCUCAUCCCUUGUCCCUCAUGCAGGCCCCUAGGCAUCACAGGUGCAGCGUUCAGGGGCCCCUCAGGGUCGGUUGGCACCCAUGAUUUUAUCUCCCUCUUACUUGUGACAGCACUGCCCGUGCCCCCCAGGCUCCAGUGAGGGCCUGGACCUUGCCCCAGGUGUGCAGAGCCCCCUGUAGGCCCUCUCCCAGCCUUCACGUGUGCUGGCCAUCGUAGGCCACCAGCAGUCGGUGCUUGCUCCACAGCCAUGCUGCAUACCUCCGCACCGUUCAUUUGCCACUCUGCACUCCGUGUGCCCCUCAACAGUGACAGUAAUGGGGUUCUCCAGAGAAGUGGAACCUGCAGGGUAGAGCGAGAGACGGUGGGGGCUGGUGAGUGAGGUCUGCAGGGCAGGCCAGCAGGCCAGGGACUGAGGGGAGAGUGGACUUUGUGGUCUGGGGUCCAAAGCCUGCAAACUCAGGGUUAGCGUGUUGAAGUCUGAAGGCAGCAUUGCUUCUUUGGGAAACCUCUGUCCUUGCCCUUAAGGCCUUGCACUGACUGGAUGAGGCCCUCCCAAAGCGUGGAGGGCAAUCUGCUUUAUCAAGGUCUGCAAAAUUCAGAGUUGAUCACAUCUAAAGGAUGCUUUCACAACA